AUGGGUCAAGAGCUGUGUGCAAAGACUCUCCAGCCGGGAUGCAGCUGCCAUCGCUGUGGGGAGGGAGGCGAUGCGCACAGCUGUCAGAGGAGCGCGCCUGUGACGAUGGAGGCUGCGAUCGAGCUAACAGACCUAAAAGAAGCAUCUUGUUCCAUGACUUCAUUUCACCCCAGGGGACUUCAGGCAGUCCGUGCCCGGAAGUUCAAGAGUAAAAGGCCACGAAGUAACAGUGAUUCUUUUCAGGAAGAGGAUCUGAGGCAGGGCUUGCAGUGGAGGAAGAGCCUCCCUUUUGGGGCAGCCUCAUCUUACUUGAACUUGGAGAAGCUGGGUGAAGGCUCUUAUGCUACAGUUUACAAGGGGAUUAGCAGAAUAAACAGGCAACUAGUGGCUUUAAAAGUCAUCAGUAUGAAUGAGGAGGAAGGAGUCCCAUUUACUGCGAUCCGGGAAGCCUCUCUUUUGAAGGGUUUGAAACAUGCCAAUAUUGUGCUCCUGCAUGACAUAAUCCACACCAAAGAGACACUGACAUUCGUUUUUGAAUACAUGCACACAGACCUGGCCCAGUACAUGUCUCAGCACCCAGGAGGGCUUCAUCCUCACAAUGUCCGGCUUUUCAUGUUUCAACUUUUGCGGGGCCUGGCGUACAUCCACCACCAACACGUUCUUCACAGGGACCUGAAACCUCAGAACUUACUCAUCAGUCACCUGGGAGAGCUCAAACUGGCUGAUUUUGGUCUUGCUCGGGCCAAGUCCAUUCCCAGUCAGACAUACUCUUCAGAAGUUGUGACCCUCUGGUACCGCCCUCCUGAUGCCUUGCUGGGAGCCACUGAAUACUCCUCUGAACUGGACAUAUGGGGUGCAGGCUGCAUCUUUAUUGAAAUGUUCCAGGGUCAACCUUUGUUUCCUGGGGUUUCCAAUGUCUUUGAACAGCUGGAGAAGAUCUGGGAGGUACUGGGAGUGCCUACGGAGGAUACCUGGCCUGGAGUUUCCAAACUACCUAACUACAAUCCAGAAUGGUUCCCACUGUCUAAACCUCAAAGCCUUCAGCGCGUCUGGAACAGAUUGGGCAGAAUUCCUGAAGCUGAAGACCUGGCCUCGUUAAUGCUGAAAGGCUUUCCCAGAGACCGCGUCUCCGCCCAGGAAGCCCUGGUUCAUGAUUAUUUCAGCUCCCUGCCAUCUCAGUUGCACCAGCUUCCUGAUGAGAAGUCUUUGUUUACAGUUUCAGGAGUGAGACUAAAGCCAGAAAUGUAUGACCUUUUGGCUUCCUACCGAAAAGGUCACCACCCAGCCCAGUUCAGCAAAUGCUGGUGAAAAGAAAGGGUGACAUCACCAUCUCCCUCCAGGGCAACAUUACUGCUGUUUCAGUUUUAAUUUGCUUCAGCUUACUGAGAAGCCUCGAAGUUAACUACACACUGGACCAGGGGUUUUAUACCGU